AUGGCUGACAACCCAACCAAACCAGACCUGGGACUUCUCGAAGAAGAUGACGAAUUCGAAGAGUUUCCUGCCGAAGACUGGACAGGUGAAGACGAGGCACCUGAAGACAUUAAUGUGUGGGAGGAUAACUGGGACGAUGAUAACAUAGAUGAUGACUUCUCUAAACAGCUUCGAGCCGAGCUGGAGAAACAGGGCAAGAAUCUUGAUGCUUCCGAGCCAAUGAAAACAUGA